CAGCUGCUGUCCAGAGGAUGGGGACAGGCACAGUGUCCCUGAGCAGCCCCGUGUCCCCAGCUGACUGAAAAAGUCUCCAAAAUGGGUCAGGGGACCGGGACCCCAGGAGAUGCCCCAUCCCUCAAAGAGUGGGGCAGAUGUCCUGGCAGAGUGGUGGGAUGCAGCAGGACCUGGCCCGGGACCACCUCAGGCACACACCCACUGCUGUUAGCUGACGGCACUGGUGGCCGUGUGGCAUAUCUGGUGACACCGCCAGGACAGGGACAGCCUGCAGGCUGGGAAAGGAGGAGGGAAUGAUCCGUGCCACCUGCGCUGCUGGGGAAGGUCAGUGCGGUGGCUGCAGCCUGCACCGAGGGAUGGGGAGCAGGGAUCUGCCUCAGCUUCCCAUGGAUCUGGGCUAAGGGCCAGGAAAGGACAGCUCUCGGCCCCCCAGGCUGGACACGGGGGGUACAGGACACGGUGGCCAUUGUGACAGGAUGCCAGGCCGGGCACAGCCCCAGGGCUCUCCCGGCUCCCCCUCCCGCAAUUCCUCCCAGGGCACAGCUCAGAGCAGGAGUGAGGAGAGUGAGAAGAGUGCAGUGGCAUCUGCUCGCCCCAGCCCCUGCCCCAGUUCCAUCCCCAGCGGGGGACAGGACGUGCACAGCUCCCCACACCACCUCUGACUCCGGGACCCCCCAAAAUACCCAGGGCUGGGGUCACACAGCCCCCCACUCCCACGGCGAGGGACCUUCCUGCUCCUCCUGGCUCCUUUGAGGCGGCACAAACCUCUCCUGCCUCCAGUCCCCUCCACAGCCCCCUGGCACAGUUCUGGGGGCUCCCCAGGACCCCUCAUUUCGGGGCUGGCUCUGCACUAGAGUAGGGGUUUGGCUGUAGCCAAGACUCCAGGGACUUCAGGGACUUCCCGGCGGCUUCUCCUCCCUUCGCUCCUCCCUCUCCAUCACCCCAUCCGCCAGCGCUCAUCACCAUCGGGGGGGAAGAGGCUGCACCCGGGGCCGGGAGCAGCCGCGGCGUCACCCCCGGAGCCCCCCGAGCCCCCGGGGAGCAGCGGGGGGAGGACGGGGCUCCGGCCACCGCCGCUGCCCGCAGCCCAGCACCUCUUCCCCGGGCUCCACCUCACCAUCAUGCUUUUUUCCUCUUGUUUCUUCUCUUGCAGGUUUCACAUGGGGAACCUUCUAAAAGUGUUGACUUAUAACGAACUUGACCAAGGCCCUAAUUUUUUCCUUGACUUUGAAAAUGCGCAGCCGACGGAGGCCGAGACGGCGGUGUGGAACCAGGUGAACGCCGUGCUGGAGGAGGCACAGACCAUCCUGGCCGAGCUGCAGUCCUACACGGGCGCCGGGCAGGAGAUCCGAGAGGCCAUCCAAAACCCCGGGGACCUGCGGCUGCAGGAGCGCGCCUGGAGCGCCGUGUGCCCCCUGGUCGCCAAGCUGAAACGCUUCUACGAGUUCUCCCUGCGGCUGGAGAACGCCCUGCGGAGCCUGCUGGAGGCACUCACCAGCCCCCCCUACGCCCCGACCCAGCACCUGGAGCGGGAGCAAGCCCUGGCCAAGCAGUUUGCCGAGAUCCUGCACUUCACCCUCAGCUUCGAUGAGCUCAAGAUGACCAACCCCGCCAUCCAGAACGACUUCAGCUACUACAGACGGACCAUCAGCCGGAAUCGCAUCAACAACCUGCAGCUGGAUGCAGAGAGCGAGGUGAACAACGAGAUGGCCAACAGGAUGUCCCUGUUCUACGCCGAGGCCACCCCCAUGCUGAAAACACUCAGCAAUGCCACCACCAAGUUCGUUUCGGAGAACAAGACCCUCCCGAUCGAGGACACGACCGACUGCCUGAGCACCAUGGCCUGCGUGUGCAGGGUGAUGCUGGAGACCCCGGAGUACCGGAGCCGCUUCACCAACACCGAGACCCUGCUCUUCUGCAUGAGGGUGAUGGUCGGCGUCAUCAUCCUCUACGACCACGUCCACCCCGUGGGGGCCUUCGCCAAGACCUCCAAGAUCGACAUGAAAGGCUGCAUUAAAGUCUUGAAAGACCAACCCUCAACCAGCACCGAGGGGCUCCUGAACGCUCUGAGGUACACCACUCGGCACCUCAACGACGACACCACGUCCAAACAGAUCCGGGCCCUGCUGCAGUGAGCGCGGGGCGGCCGCCGGAGCCGCACGUCACCGUGUCACCGACGCCCAUGACCAUACAGCUCAUUUUGUACAGAGGGAAAAGGGACAACGAGGAAUACACAGAAAUGUUAAAAGCAAAUCAAGACGGCCCCGGGCCGCCCUCCCCCGCCACGCCCCCCCUUCCCACCCCCAAAUCAGCACCCGCUCCUGGACACGAGGUGUGGGUGGCACCGUGGGGACACCGCGCCGGGGGGGCCGGGGCCGGGCAGGAGAGACCCGGGCAAGGGAAGUGCUGAUGGGGCUGGCAGCAGGGUGCCCAUGGCACGGGGGCACCUUGGGGAGGGGGCAGGCGGUGCCCCUGUCCCCAUUCUGGUCCCCAAGCGGAGGAGGAGGGAGAGGAUGAGGAGGAGGAGGAGAAGGAAGAAGUAUCCCUGUGGAUCUGCACUGACUCUGGAGGAAAAGGCUCAGUCUCACCUGGUAGAUUUUUAAUAUGAGAAAUUAAAUCCACACUCACCUCUUCUUUUCUACAUUUUUUUUUUUUUUGGGUGUGAAAUAAAAUGACAUUUAAUCUGUUCGUGGCCGGAG